UGACGUACCAAAAUUGACAGGUAUGUUGUGCACUUGACAUAAUUAAUAAAAUUUUGUAUUCCUCCCAAAAAUUUUCAGAUCAGAUUAACGCGCUUAAGAUUUUGAUAUCUGAAGUCAUGUUGUUGAAGAUAAUCAAAAGACAAGUCAAAGCCAUCAUCACAAAACCCUUCAAAAAUCCAUAUAAAACCCCUCCACAGCCUGAACCACCACAACCUUCAUCUUCCUCACAAUCUCUUGCCAUGUCAUCAUCACAGCCUUUCCUCUUCCCAAGUACUCAAUCCACUGUUCUCCCUGAUCCUUCUUCCUUUUUUGCCCCUCAUCUCCUCUCAAAUCCAUUACCCACAAAUUCUUUUUUCCAAAAUUUUGUCCUCAAGAAUGGUGAUCAGCCUGAAUUCAUACACCCUUAUCUUGUAAAAUCCUCACUUUCGUCCCUCACUCUUUGUUACCCAUCUCAGUUCCACAAUCCUGCUUUUAUUUACCAAAAUUUCAUUGCUGAUUUGACUAUCACUGGUUUGAAUAAUUCCAAUCCAAAUACACCCCAUGUAAUUUCAUCCUUUGAUGAUCUUAGUGUCACAUUAGACCUUCCUUCUAGUAAUCUCAGGUUCUUUCUUGUUAAAGGUUCCCCCUUUAUUACAUGUAACGUUCUUGGAAAUGUAGCGCUUUCGAUUUCAACAAUUCAUGCCAUUCUUGAAUGUAAUUCGAAUAGUAAUCGUACCAAAUAUACUAUUAAGCUCAACAAUGGGCAAACUUGGGUUUUGUAUGCUUCUUCUCCCAUUGAUUUGAGUCAUGAUUUGUCCACUAUCAAGUCUGGUGUGUUUUCGGGUGUUAUUCGGAUUGCUUGUUUGCCAAAUUCUGACCCAACGUGUGAAGCAGUACUUGAUCGUUUUAGUUCUUGUUAUCCUACAAGUGGUAAUGCGGUUUUUAGUCAGCCAUUUUGCUUGGAGUACAAGUGGGAAAAGAAUGGAUGGGGUGACUUGCUUAUGUUGGCUCACCCUCUCCAUCUCCAGCUGCUUUCUGCUGCCGAUUGUGCUGUAACUGUGUUGGAUGGAUUUAAGUAUAAUAGUAUUGAUGGUGAGCUUGUUGGUGUUGUUGGAGACUCAUGGAUAUUGAAGAGCGAUCCAGUUUCUGUAACGUGGCAUUCGNCAUGGCAUUCCAUUAAAGGUGUUAAGGAAGAGGCUUGUUUAGAAAUAAUUGAUGCUUUGAAUAAGGAUGUUGCUUCGUUGGAUUCGAAGGGAAUAUCAACAACAUCGUCUUACUUUUAUGGUAAAUUGAUUGCGAGAGCAGCAAGGCUGGCAUUGAUAGCUGAAGAGGUUUGUUACCUUGAUGUUAUCCCGGUUAUCCGCAAAUUCUUGAAGGAUACAGUUGAACCAUGGUUGGAGGGGACUUUUGAAGCAAAUGGUUUCUUUUAUGAAUCGAAAUGGGGUGGAAUUGUGACUAAACAAGGGGCGCUAGAUUCGGGAGCUGACUUUGGUUUUGGGGUAUAUAAUGAUCACCAUUUUCAUAUUGGCCAUUUCCUUUAUGCUAUUGCAGUGCUAGCCAAGAUAGACCCAAUCUGGGGAAGAAAGUAUAGGCCACAAGCUUAUGCACUUAUGGCGGAUUUUAUGAAUUUAAGCAGGCGAACAAAUUCGAAAUAUGCUCGCUUGAGGUGUUUUGACUUGUGGAAGCUGCAUUCUUGGGCUGGGGGAUUAACAGAAUUUGCAGAUGGACGGAACCAGGAGAGCACAAGUGAAGCAGUAAAUGCAUACUAUUCAGCAGCUUUAAUGGGUUUGGCCUAUGGGGAUACCAAUCUUGUUGCCAUUGGAUCCACCCUUUCGGCUUUUGAGAUUCAUUCUGCACAGACUUGGUGGCAUGUGAAAGAGGGAAGCACUUUGUAUGGGGAAGAAUUUACAAAGGAUAACAGGGUGGUGGGUGUUUUAUGGUCUAACAAAAGGGACAGCAGCCUUUGGUUUGCUCCAGCUGAAUGGAGAGAGUGUAGACUUGGAAUUCAGGUCUUACCAAUAUUGCCCAUUACUGAAGUUCUGUUUUCAGACGUUCAGUUUGUGAAGCAGUUGGUCGAAUGGACGCAGCCAGCUCUGGCAAGGGAAGGUGGGGUUGGAGAAGGGUGGAAAGGGUUUGUGUAUACAUUGGAAGCAAUAUAUGAUAAAGUGGGUGCUUUGGACAAAACUAGGAGCUUAACUGGCUUUGAUGAUGGAAACUCCCUUUCAAAUCUACUGUGGUGGAUUCAUACUAGGGAUGAUAAAGUGGAGGAAAGUGAUAAUGGAAGCAAGUUCUGCUGGUUCCGACACUACUCUCAUUAAGUUUUCUGGAGUGUUACAUUUGGAAUGUCCUUUUAAGGCUUUAAUUGAGCAUACUCAAAAUAUGACAUGAUCAGAACAAAAAAAAGGUUAUUUUGUUUCGUAAUUUGGUACCUGUCGUUUCUUUUGUUUGUAUAUAAAUUGGAUCACUUGUCUGCAGCUCAAUGCUUUGCGAUAUGAUUGCUGUAAGUUCUUCCCCGAUCUUAGUUGUUUUAAAUAAAAGCUCAAUUUAUAUAAA